AUGUCGAUUUCCGUCACCGCCAACGAAACGCCGCAACCGCGUGCGAAGAGAUCGAAGCGGUUAAAACCGUCUUCGUUGCCAAUUGAGAUGGCUCUGAAUUGCUUGGCCCGCGUCUCAAAAUCAGAGCACGCAUCCUUAUCUCUCGUCUCAAAGUGGCACCGCCGUCAACUGAUUUCCCCCGAGCUCUACGAGUUCCGAUCUCUACUGGGCUUCACCGAAAACGUCAUCUACCUAUGCUUACAGAUCCCUCCGGAGCCAAACCCGCGCUGGUUCGCCCUCUUCCCCAAAACCCAAAACCGUCCUCGUCGCCUGGUCCAAGUCCGGUCAACCUUGUACCAGCCUCCGGACGCAUCCUCCGUGGUGGCCCACGGCUGCGGGAUCUACGUCAUCGGCGGGAGGAGGAUUAGCGGGAUAGUCUCCCCCUCGGGCAAGCGUCUAUCACCUGGAUUGCCGAUCGCACAAGUGGACCACUCUCCCUUCCAUGAGAGUCCCUCGAGAGUCUGCCGCGGCGGGAGUGGUCGACGGGAAGAUAUACGUUCUGGGAGGGAGCAAGGACUCGGAGAAUCCCGGCAACUGGGGAGAGGUUUUCGACCCAAAGACGCAGACUUGGGCUGCAUUGCCCGUCCCCGUGUGGCCGGCUAA